AUGCGCAAAGUAGCAGAUUCUCCCAACGAGAACCACGACAACAACAACAAUGACUUGCCAACAGCAUCAACUCCGAAACGGCAGAAACGAGGCCCUGGUCUCAGUACGAUACACGAAGUGAAUGAACACGGGUCGAAUGGCGACGUCACUCCUUCAAAGCGAAUGCGCAAUACGCCAAAGAAGGUCGAUCGAAACGAUACACUGAAUGCAUCUGGACUCAAAACGCCUACACACAAAACCAAAGCGAGAUCAUUAUUUACGACACCGAAAAAGGAUCCUACGGCUACACCGUCCAGAGUCAGAAACGCCGAUCGAUCAGCCAAGAGGAAGAGUGCAAGGAUAUUGCUAGAGCAGGACGAGGAAGAUACCUGGGACGGUGCGGACAAGCUAGCAGAAGAAAUCCUCGGCGACGAUAACAGCACAAAAACCAACUGCGUAAUCGAAACGACGGAGAAGGAUGGACAGGCAGCAGAAACUACCGCACCGCCCGUAAAGCGCAGGGCAGGCCGACCAAAAGGAGCAAAGAACAAACGAUCGCCGACUCCAGAGGGAGAUAUACCACCACAUGAACGUUACUUCUUUCAGAACCGGCCGGGCCCGCCGAACACGUCGAAUAAUAAUCUGAAUAAAGUCUCCCUGCUAGCCCAUGACGAAUAUUUCGAACUACUUGGCCGAUACAACGAUCCCUUCAGCGAAGAGAAGGAGCUGCUACUGAAUAUACAUCGUCGCUCGUUUCCUCAGUGGAACUUUGAGUUUUAUGAAAAUUUCAACAUCUGUUUAUAUGGAUAUGGAUCGAAGAGAGGGCUUGUGCAGAAAUUCGCGGAUUGGUUAUACGUGCAGUCCGAGUCACGUCGACCCAUCAUCAUAGUCAACGGCUAUGCUCCAAAUACAUCUGUCAAAGCGAUCCUCACCGCGAUUGCAACUACCGUGUGCGGAGAGGAUGUACCCUCCAAAAUCGGCGGAACACCCAGCGAGGCACUCGAGUUUUUACAAUCAGCUCUACAAUCACGGAAGACACCAAUAACGAUAUUGAUUAAUUCAAUUGACGCGCCGCCUUUACGAAGGCUCGUGCAUCAAGCACAACUGGCUCGCUUGGCUGCGUUGCCUAAUGUUAAUCUUUUAGCAACUGUCGACACACCGAAUUUCCUGACUAUGUGGGAUGUUAGUCUACGCGAUCAGUUCAACUUCGUGUUCCACGACUGCACUACAUUUGCGCCUCUUGAUGUGGAGAUGAAUGUUGUGGAUGAGGUUAAUAAUUUACUGGGAAGGAAAGGUCGGCGCGUAGGGGGUAGGGACGGUGUAGCAUUUGUGCUCAAGAGUUUGCCUGAAAAUGCGCGGAGUCUCUAUCGGUUACUUCUCACCGAGAUUCUGACGCUACAGUAUAGUGACGGCAAUGGAGGGUUUAGUGAGGACGAAGACGGUCAGCCCCAGAUGCAGACUCAAAAGACUGGCCGGCGUGAAGAGCCGGGUAUUGAGUUCAAGAUGUUGUAUCAGAAAGCUGCCGAGGAGUUUAUUGCAUCGUCUGAGAUGAUGUUUAGGACAUUGCUGAAGGAAUUCCAUGACCACCAAAUGGUUACUUCGCGGAUGGAUGCCAGCGGAACUGAGACGCUUAGUGUUCCUCUAUCUCGAGAGGAAAUGGAGGGUGUCCUGGAGGAUCUGGUCCUGAGCUAGUCUGUUAUACCCUUGUAUCGUAGCAUAUUCCAUGCAUUCAUAUUGACACCAUAUAUCAAUAUAUCAUUUAUGGACAAUGAUCUUUCAAGUUCCAAUCGUACAAUCAACUGUAAUCCGCAAAACUGGCAAAAGCUGCAAACGCCAUUGUUGCACCAAAGCUGACUUUAAAGGGGACAUUCUCCCGCGUU